GUCUCACACAAUUAAAUUUUCUUUAGAAUUUUAAUAUCUUAACAUAGGAAAAUACUACAUCAACAUGCUUAAAUGUUUUGGAGGAAAUAUUGGCUAGCAUAUUAAAAAUGAAUAGCCACUCAGUUAUAGAGAAGUGUUUUGAGGAUGCAGAAGAAAGUGGUGUUUUACAGAUUACUCAUAAAGGCUUGAAAACAUAUCCUACAUGUGUAGACGAUUAUGACUUGGUGGAUGUUCUUGUCGUUGAAUUAUCAUGGAAUAGAUUCACUGAACUUCCUCAAGAAUUGUUAUCAUUUGUUAUGAUGGAGAAAUUAAGCUGUUCAAACAAUUUUGUUAAGAUACUACCCGAUCUUAGCCAUUUGAAUGCAUUGUCCUAUGUGGAUGUAAGUCAAAACCAGCUACAAAGUUUACCAGUACAUUUGUGCUCACUUCCUUUGAAGAUAUUGAAAGCUAGUCAUAAUCACAUUUCUAUUUUGCCAACUGAAAUUGGACUGCUCAGUAAACUGCAAGCUUUGGAUUUAUCAUGUAAUGAAUUGACAAAUCUUCCUAGCACCAUGGGAGACCUAAACUCACUACGCUUCUUGAAUAUCCGUAGAAAUCAAAUCGUGUCACUUCCGGAUGAGCUGAGUAAACUAAAAAAUUUAGCAUCUUUCAAUUUUUCUUGCAACAAAAUUUCAUGUAUUCCACCUGCAUUUCGGUUGAUCUCCUCAUUAAUUCAACUUGAUUUGACGAAUAAUCCACUGUCUUUACCUCCUGCACAGAUAUGUCUUAGAGGAAGACUACAUAUUAUCAAAUUUCUAAGCAUGGCUGCUCAACAACAGGAAAAGAGAUGGACAAUACCAAAGGAAACUGGUAUUAACAGAUCUCCCUCACCUAGCAAUGUGUCAAAUAACAGUGAGAUGUUCAAUUUUGCAGAACGCCAACCGGAUGCAGACAACCAUAGACGAAAUACAAUGAGCGAGGGUGAAGAUGAAAAAGAAUCAGUAGACUCUGGCACGCUGCGUAAACAAACGGCCCCAAACCUAUCAUCAAGUCACGAUGAGCCCUGUCAGGAUGUUGUAACUGUUUACAAAAACGAAACCCCACCGUCACCAUCCAAAGAUAAGCCCAAACUACCCAAAAAACCGAACUCGUUUUCUUUGUCGAAGCAAGAAAUAAAAGAAAAACAGAGGAUAUUACAAGAGAAAGGCAAGCUCACUCCUCAACCAUAUAAAUCUCGUGCGUCAACGUCAUCUUCUCGAAAAUGGUCAGACAAUGAGCAGGCAGACUCUAAUCAUACGAUGUCGUUGGACCGAUCAGCUGUGCGCAACUUAGGUACACAAAUAAAAAGUAAUGACUCUGAAGAUGCCAGAUAUGAAAAGAGAAAUGAUGAAGAGCGUCUAGAUGAUUUAGCAGCUCGCAAGGAACAGCUUCUGCGAAAUAAAGAGGAGAUUUUGAAAUCGAAAUACCGAUUGGAAUUAAUAAAAUCGAAAGCACAAAAUCGGAAUGAAAAUGGUUCCGAAAAGACCGAAUUUGUUUCACCAAAUUCAACAACUAGCGUUACAUCCACUGAGUCUUCUCACUCCAGCCAGUCGGAAGUUGUGUUCGAUGGUAUAGCCAAACGACAUGUACUAGGAAAACCAAAAACAAAUAAAAAAUUGCGGGAUGGGGCGGCUAAUUUCACAAUGCGAAGGAUCUUUGACUCUGCGAAGGAGGAGUUUGAACAACUGGAAAAACUUAGAGAGGCUAUAGAAAGUCGUCUACGCAUUCGGUUACCAGACGAUUUGCCAGCUUCGAUGUCAGAUGGAAUCGUACUAUGUCAUUUAGUCAAUCACUUACGAAAGGGUACAAUAGCAGUUAUACAUGUGCCCAGCUCUGGUGUGCCUAAACUAACUAUGCCCAAAUGUCAAAUGAAUGUAGAUGCUUUUUUGGAUGCAUGUCGACGAGUGGGCGUAGAUAAGACCGACAUCUGUACAGCACCAGACAUUCUUCAAGAAAAAAGUCCUGCGAAACUGUGUCGGACAGUACAAGCGCUUCUACUGGCCAUGGGUGCUGCUCCACCGCAAAUAGUCAUGGCUGUUCCAAUUUCUCCGAGAUAACGUUUAAUAAUCGUUUUCACAAUUUUAGAUGUAAAUUUAUUCGAAAUUCGAAAUUCGCAUUAACUACCUUAAGGGAACUUAUUUUGGCGGGAACUAAUUUUGGCGGACGAAGGAAAUCUAAAAAAAAUUUAAUUUUGGCGGGAACUAAUUUUGGCGGAUCAACGAAAUUUUUAAUUUUGGCGGGAACUUAUUUUGGCGGGUGGCGGUUUUUUUUAAUUUUGGCGGGAACUUAUUUUGGCGGGUCAGCGGAUUUUUUAAUUUUGGCGGGAACUAAUUUUGGCGAGUGAAGGAUUUUUUCAAAUUUCAACGAAAAUUUUCUUUGGUAAAGAUGUAGAAAUAAGCAUUACAAAGCAAAGAAUUUUAAAACAAAUACUAAAAAUCUACUCUUCUUCAUCGUCUAUGAUAAUGUCAAAUGCAUUCCGACUAAAGUCUAUGAAAUCCACGUUGACAAGUGUACACUAUCGAAGAUCACCUCUCGUUCAAGGAGGCUUGGAGAUCCCCUGUAAAAUAACUGUUACUUUACCAGGGACAGUAAACAAUCUUUUGGUUCUUGCAAGAUACCAACAACUUGUAGAAGCCUUGUAUACAGAGCCGAAAGAGGAAUUGAUUCUUGGUUCGUUCUUACAUAUUGCAGUUAUUUUAGAUGUCGUGGUUCCAACCGAAGAGAGACCAAAGCGUAAAAAAAAUACAGCCAAAAGCCAAAGCAAAGAGACGAAAAAGCAAAAAGAUAUUCGAAACUUUUUUGGAAACACCUCAGCUGCACCAGCCCCAAAAAGGCAAAAAGUUAACAACAAACCUAAAAAGUCGUCACCAUCGUCAAGCAAGGACUUAGAAAUCAUAAAUAUUGAUUAAAAAUUAUCUUGUAUUAGAGGUUUAUUAUGACAUAAUAUUUCUAGCGCAAAGGUAUAUUUCUAAAAGAUAUAAAAAAUUGAAAAAAAGUUGAUUUUUGUCGAUUUUUUAAGGGGAACUUAUUUUGGCGGAUCAACGAAAUUUUUAAUUUUGGCGGGAACUUAUUUUGGCGGGUGGCGAUUUUUUUUAAUUUUGGCGGGAACUAAUUUUGGCGGGUGAGUAAAAUAUUUAAUUUUGGCGGGAACUAAUUUUGGCGGAUUUUGCCCCAAUCCGCCAAAUCCGCCAAAAUUAGUUCCCGCCAAAAUAAGUUCCCUUAAGGUAAACAUUCCUUGUAAAAAAUGCGUGGUACGGACUAUAACAAACUUUCCGCACUGUUAUACACCAAUAUGUUUCUACCUUGUAAAUAAAUGUAUAACUUUAAAUUUUCUCAAGUUCGUGCUGCAGUGAAUAUAAUGUAUAAUAUAUAUUGUAAUUUUUACAUUUUCCUUUGGGGCAUGAACUGUGAUGGUGAGGAAACGAGAAAGACAUUGAAGAAUGAAACCUAAACACGUUACACGAAUGACACAAAGAAAACACGUAUUUUUGAAA